AAGCUGGCCUAAGUGUCCGCCGGCGUGUAAUAGUCUGCUUGAAUAAGAAUCUGCAGUUGCGUGUCGAUCUUUGUCCACUUAAUCGACUGCUUAUAUAGAGUGCCAGAUUCUAAGGCUGAAUGGCCAAGUAUAUAGUUGACAAUUAUUUUUGUUCUAAAGGUACAAAAAAUAAUAUAUAAUAUUUAAAAAACGAUCACGCGACUCAUAAUCUAUGGUGGCAAGAGAAGAGACUUGGGAAUUGAUCGGACUUCGAAAAUGGAUUGACGCUUGUUUUCGUAAACAAGUCAACAUCAUUGGGCUCGUUCACGUACAAUGUUUGUGAAGGCAGAAAUCAUAAUACUUUAUAUGCGAAAAUUUAUAAAAAUGAAAGUGCUUCCGUGUUAACACGGAUAUAGAGAAUCGUUUUAUUUUAAAUUACGUUGGGUUGCAUCUCAUUAAUUUUUCAAGAAUUUAAUACCGAACGCAAGUCACGGACUUGAAUUCAUGUCGGGAUAGACAUUUCUGUGGAUACUAUAAAAAGAAGUUAAGAAGACUCAUUACCAAAAGCGAUUUGGAUGUUAUACCUUAAACGAUAGUCCUUCCCUCUGGACCACUCUCCGGGCUAAUAGCAAAGAAAGUUAUAACAUUCAACAGUCGAAGAAAUUCGAUCAGUUUUCAACGUUCGCCGUUUCUUUUUAGUGGAUGAAAUGGCAAAUUUAGAACACGCAACGCAGUAUCCUUUAAGGACGAAUGCCAACUACAUAAAUGACACUGAACUUCCGCUUGAUAUGCGAUUCAAUGAAGGACACGUUGUCAGCAUUAUCACUUACAGUGUACUUAUGGUUAUAUCUGCCGUGGGCAAUACAACCAUUUUGGUCCUGAUAUUACGAAGGAGACGAGCGACAAGAUCGAGAAUUAAUACAAUGCUGAUGCAUCUGGCUAUAGCGGAUUUGUUGGUGACAUAUCUAAUGAUGCCUCUGGAAAUUGGAUGGGCUGUAACAGUUUCGUGGAAGGCUGGCGACGCUGCUUGUAGAAUAAUGGCAUUCUUUCGUGUUUUUGGACUUUACCUCUCGUCCUUCGUAUUAGUUUGCAUAAGCAUUGACAGAUAUUUUGCUGUUUUACGACCGUUGCAACUGACGGAUGUCGAUAGAAGAGGCAAAGUAAUGUUAACUUUAGCCUGGACAGGCUCAAUAUUUUGUUCGAUGCCACAGCUGGUAGUUUUUCACGUGGAAAGCCAUCCAAAAUUCACGUGGUACGAGCAGUGCAUCACUUAUAAUUUUUUUCCAAGCGACGCUCACGAACUCACGUAUUCUUUGUUCGGAAUGGUUAUGAUGUAUGGAUUUCCUCUCACUGUGAUAAUAUAUACCUACUCCAGCAUCCUCGUGGAGAUAUACAAAAGGUCCAGAGAAUCGGUUUCCGACCGCAUACGAAGAUCCUCAUUAGGAUUCCUGGGACGUGCCAGGAUUCGCACCCUAAAAAUGACAAUAAUCAUUGUCGUGGUUUUCUUCGUAUGUUGGACCCCAUAUCACAUAAUGAGCCUGUGGUAUUGGAUAGACCGUCCAUCAGCUAUCGAGGUUGAUCAACGAAUACAGAAAGGGUUGUUUUUAUUUGCCUGUACAAACUCUUGCAUGAACCCUAUCGUCUACGGUGCAUUUAACAUUCGGAGUAAGAAAAAAGAUAUGACAGCCUCUCAAAGAGUCGCAUCCUGUGCGAGUAAGGCUCACGCGGGAGAUGUAGUCUGUCGGGUGUCAUGGCGGCGAAAUCUUAACGGAUCUAAUCGUCAGCAUCCUCAAGUACUCGCCCAAAGUUCUUUGGGUCCUUUCACUAACUUUAACAUGACGAACUCAUCGAGCAACGUCCAGAGGAUCACAGAAAAGUCUACUAAGGAUUGCCUGACUUAAUUGUAAAUCGGUUAUAACGACGUGCAAUUAGGCUUUACUAAGGAUCAGUCUUAUACUGGAUAUUAGAAAAUCUUAUUUAACGAAAAUACGACGCAUCCAUUUACUCGCGUACCUACGUGUUAACGAUCAAUUUAUUAAUUCGACGAUACAACUCGAUCGGAUCGAUCGAUUUGAUCGAAUUUCAUGAUUUAUAUAGUAUAGUAUCGUUUUAGUGACUGUUUUCCUAUUGUAUGGAUCGCAAAAUAUCUUAAUGUUACGAUAUCAGUAUUUACGACUCAAUUACGUCGUAUCGUUUUAUUAAGCAAUCGUUAUGCGAUAUAAUGUAUGAAGUGUAUCCAGAAGAAAAUAGAGAUUAUGAUAAUUCGUUUGUAAGUAUCUAUAGGCGCGUCUUCUGCGGCGAAACGAUUGUGCGUCUGUUCGUGGCACGGGUCUGAAUAUUUUCGGAGAGAUUGAUGAUCGUCGCACAACAUUUAUAGAGGUGAGAUUGUCAAUUCUUUUAUGGUUAUUUUUAUAUUUAAUCAUAAGGAAAUAUAUAUAUAUAUAUAUAUAGCUAAUAAAUGAAUAUCUUGGACACUCGCUGCUAGUGCAUUGAAAUUUCAUUGCAGCGAGUGUACAAAGAGAUUCUUUAAGUAAAUAUGCAUGAAAAAGUUUCAUCAAUUCCAAAAUUGUACCCGAGCUCGGGUUUGCCUUUAUGGUUGAAAUUUAUGGAAAUUCUAUAUCAGCCCAAAGGUCACGAGUUGCUGAAGUUCGUCGACUCUUCAUUAAGUGUAUUUUGAAAAAUUAAUUUAAAAACUUAUAAUUUUUGGACAGAAUUUGAUUAUACUAGGACAGCAUAAUUAUUAAUAGUACUCGAUCGUAUCAUUGCCUUAAUUAUUGUUGCAUUAAUAAUAUACUUCUUUUUAUGGAAGAUGACAUAGUCCAUUUCGUGUAUCGAUAAUCGAUUGUCGAAAAUAUUUUAAAAAUUAACUUUUCGCAGAUGUAUUUAAGAGACUACCAAGUACUCCAGUUAAAUAUUCAUUGUAUUGUAUAUUGCUUAGUUUCGAUGAAAAAAAAAAAUUAAUAAGAUCCACGUGUUCGAACAAGCCAACCAGAAAAAUUUUCGUAGGUGGAGCGGCUUCCCACUCGAUAAUCAAUAUACCGUGUGUAACUUACAAAAGGAUUACAAGGGAAGUAUAACGAGCUAAAGAACACGUUCUGAAGGAGCUUCUUAUGAUCGAUAUAUCUGAUGGCUGUGUAGGAUAUACUGUUGUAUACUUUGAAAUUAGCAUGGAAGUAGAUGCGCUCGAUAUUUGAUUCAGAGACGAAUCUAACGCUAUUUAGAAUUCUAGUUUCAAUUCUAAUUUCCUCCCUUGCGAAUAAAGAUUAUUCCCUUAUAAUAAUCCUUAUUCAAAGUAUUGAAAAUAGCGGCAAGCCACUGAGGCAGCACAAAUUAUUGUACUAAUGAUUGUAUGUAUUGUCGUGGUAUAACAUGUGUAUGUAUAUGUAUCCUUUAAGUUAUUCGAGAGACGACUGUGUUCAAUAACUCAAAAGUCCCUGAAUUUUGUAAAAAAAAUUUUCAUGAAAAACAAAACUAGCUAGCGUAAUUUCUUGUGAAUUUUCGAAAUCAUUCAUCACCAUUCCAUAUCCAUUAAAAUCAAUUUAACAGGUGAUCCCUAAUACAGGAAUAGCCGUACGAUCUAAUGAAAUAACAUACACAUUACUCUUCAUCACGUUAACGAACCCAAGAACAAAACUGUCACCCGUUACAUACGCUUCGUUCAUCAUUAAAAAGCGCGGGAUCAAAUUGCCCUAAUCUAUUCUCAAGCCAGCAUGUGAUGAUGGAUUAA